CCCCUAGUGUGUAGCAGUGUUUGCUAGUUAGUGUUAGACACAGAAGGAGACAGAAAAGGAAGAGGUGCAAGCAAAUGGGAGCAAACAUGGACGACAUGUGACGACUAACUUGUAAAUUGGUGUCCAUUUGACGAAAGGGCGCUGUGGGAAUUGUUAUUACGGUACUACUGUACUAUGCCCAGCGCCACCGUGUCCGUGCGGAGUUUAUCCGAAGUGGAGAAACACCUCAGCGGCAGCAGGAUGGAUCGGAGUUCUGAUGGCAGUUUUCUGAGCCUUCCUGCCUCCAUGCGUCGAGGAUCCUCUGAGAACAAUCUGGAUCUGGACCUGAGCGAUGGUGCUACUUCCCCUUCUCUGGGCUCAGAGUUCUUCCGGAGCCGCUCCUCUGUAGACAACCUCCAGCAGAAGAUCCUGAAAGUGACAGAACAGCUGAAGAUCGAGCAGACGGCACGGGACGAAAACGUGGCCGAGUACCUGAAGUUGGUGAACAGCGCCGACAAGCUACAGGUGGGCCGCAUCAAGCAGGUCUUUGAGAAGAAGAACCAGAAGUCGGCGCAGAAUAUCGCCCAAAUGCAGAAGAAGCUGGAGCAGUAUCACCGCAAGAUGAAGGACAGCGAGCUGCACCUUUCACCUCACCCGUCCAGCGGCAAGCACAGCACCAUACCCAGGGAGUCCCGCAGGGAGCUGCUGAGGGACAUGACCGGCAGCGGGAGACACCCUACCAUGGACAAGAUCAAGACCAUCGGGCCCGGCGUUUCUCUCUCACCUCCUUUCUUCUUCAGCAAACCCAGAGAGUUUGCCAACCUCAUCAGGAACAAGUUUGGCAGCGCUGACAACAUUGCCCACCUCAAGACCUCCAUGGACGCUUCCACGCCGCUGCCCGCCGAGACAGCGGGAAAGUCCCUGAGUAACAGCACCUCCUUGGCUGGAAAGCCCAAGUACCCCAGUGACGAUGAGUGUUCCUCUGGGAGCGCCUCCAACUCAGCAGACAGUAAUGGGCUCUCGGCGGGGAUGCGGGGUCAGAGCCAGCAGGCGGGGGGCGAGGCCCACAGCAGACUGAUGAUGAGCCUGGAGGAGGUGAGGGAGAUUAAAGAAGCCCAGAACCAACUGGAGGAGGACAUGGAGGAGGUUAAAACCCAGUUCAAGAGGGAGUUUGGAGUCAUCAACCAAGCACUGCAGGAGGAGCGAUACAGGUAUGAGCGUUUAGAGGACCAACUAAAUGACCUGACUGAACUUCACCAACAUGAGAUGGCUGACCUGAAGCAAGAGCUGGCCAGUAUUGAGGAAAGAGUGGCCUACCAGGCCCAGGAGAGAGCCCGUGACAUUCAGGAAGCUUUAGAGUCGUGUCAGACAAGAGUGUCCAAGCUGGAGCUUCAGCAGCAGCAGCAGCAGACGGUGCAGCUGGAGAGCGGUGAUGCCAGAGUCCUGCUGGGGCGGAGCAUCAACAUCAUGCUGGCCAUCAUCACCGUCAUCCUCGUGUGCGUAUCCACCGCCGCUAAAUUCGCCGCCCCGCUAAUGAGGAGCCGCCACCACGUGGUCGCCACCUUCCUGGGGGUCUUCUUCUUAACCGUGUUCUGGAGGAACUGGGAGCGUUUACAGUACGCCAUAGACAGGGUGCUGGUGCCUGCGUGAAAGACGUCGUCAUGGACGCUGUAAAGGGAUUGGUUGUACAAUUGUCUUACAUCCCUCUUCAUCUCUGCUUUAUUAAUUGAACUGAAAAGUUGAUUUUACUUUUCUGUCUUUAUAACAUUUUAUUUAAACUCCCAAUUAUUGCUACGGAAACGAGGAAAGACUGGAUUUAACCAGCUCAAGAAGGUACCCUCGCCCCCCACCCACUGAAGAAAAACUAACAAAGUCUUAAUUUCACAGGCAAAGUUUCAAAUGAAAUAUAACUAUAUCAAUAAUAACAUGACUUUGCCAGCAACUAAGUUUUAGAGCACCUACAUUUUUCCAGUUAUUACAAUUCAAGUUGUUCAAUGAAUAACUUGAAUUGGUGCUAAAUUGGAGUUAAGUGGUGAAAUGCCAGAGGUUAAAAUAAAGGUCAAUUGAAAUACAAUGUAUAUUUCCAAAUGAUACAAAAAGGACUUUUUCAGGGACACAAAAUGGGUCAACAAUUUAAGAAAUGGAGGUUGAUCAAGCCUUGAGUGUUGGUGCUACUAAUACCUACGGUUGUUCCACGUAUCCUGGAGUACUUAUAUUUCCUUCCCUAUUUGCAUAAAAGGAACACACUGUACACUCAAUAGUAAUGUGCUGCAGUAAGUAAGGUGUUGCUACAGAGAUAGCAAGAAAAAGGCAAUAAACAACAGGAAGAUAGAAAAUGUGGGUUUUGGUAGUGUACUUUAAAGGCUUAAAACUGGAAGAAACAGCUCACUUGUGUGUUUAUAUUUGAAGUUGACUAUUUUACAUACAUACAUGACACUUGACGAUGGUACACAUGCACAAUUGAAUGCCACAAAGACGUGUCGGCUAAAACCCAUUUUAAAGACUUGAAAUGAGAAGAAACAACAAGCUUAGUUGUGUACAAUAUUGCACUAUGAAGUUCAUUAUUUUCGAUUCACUCACAGGCCACUUUACUAAGUAACUGCACAAUCAAUUGGCAUCCAAUACAAUGGCGAUAUUAUAAAAUACUGCCUUUAUGAAGAUAGGCUUCUCAUCAUUCCGAUUAUUGAUAUGAAAUAGAUGCAAGAGUGGAUUUGAGUAUCUGAACGACUAAAAUACACAGUCUUUUAUUUCGCCUAAAAUCACAUCCUCCUUGGACUUUAACCUUCAGAGGCCGCCACAUCUGUCCGCAUCUGUCUCACACCAACUGCCCUCAUGUCCUCCUUCACUACAUCCAUAGACCUCCUCUUUGGUCUUCCUCUACUCCUCCUACCUGACAGCACUAAAUACAGCAUCCUUCUACCAAUAAAUUUACUAUCUCUCCUCCGGACAUGUCCGAACCAUCUCAGUCUGGCCUCUCUGACUUUAUCUCCAAGGCCUCUAACAUGUAAUGUCCCUCUGAUGUACUCGUUCCUGAUCCUAUCCAUCCUGGUCACUCCCAUUGAGAACCUCAACAUCCUCAUCUCUGCUACCUCCAGUUUUGCUUCCUGUCUCUUGUCGUUGUCUCUAAAAUCACAACAACAAUUAAGCAAUUAAUGAGAAAUAAAAAAAUAAUAAAUAAAUAAUAAAUAAAAUGAGAAAAAUAACAGGAAGUCACCAACAAGUCUGCCAAACUAACCUCAAGACUUGAAACAGGAAGAAAUGGAGAGCUCAAAUGUGUUUUUAUGUUUGAAUUUCACUGUUUUAUAUACACUCACACGGUACUUCACUAGGUACACCUGCAUAAUCGAAUGCCAUCCAAUACAAGAGCUGGAUUAAAGAUAACAAUCUUAUGUAUUUGCAUUAUUAUUCUAUUAGAUAUUCAUACAAUACUUUAUUUAUUAUGGGGUUGUAAUUUGUAAAGGAACCUUAUCAUCCAGCUAGGCUUGAUUCUUGUGUGAUUGUGCAGGUGUGCCUGAUGAAGCAUUCAACGAGUGUAUUUCCUUUGUCACACUUGCACAUAUUUAAAUGCAAAGCGCUGCACAGAAUAUCACCAUCAUUCUUCAAAAAUGUUUUUUUUUUCACACAAAGAAGGCAAGUUUCUGUUUUUAAAUGGUUCUUCAGAAGUUUAUUUCCUCAUGUUUAGAAGUGCAAUAUAUAUAUAUUUUCCAUGCAUUCUUAAAAGAGUGUGUAUGAGACACGGUGCUGGAGGGAGGAAGUGCCUGGCGUCAGAGAUGUAUCACCAUUUGAAGCUUCUGCUCCUCUCUGAUAAGACCCCAUCCUGUCUAUGAGGGCAAAAAAAAAAGUCAAUACUCUCCAUAAAUGGCAAAGCCGUACUCAACACUGUUUUUUUUUUUAAACAACUGUGUGACUUAGAGGUGAUAGUUUCAACUGUGAUUAUUUUUAUUCUUCUUUGUGUUUAAAAAGAACCAUCUUGUACUCCACUGAAUGAACAUUCCGGAAUCUUAGCGAUUAAACCAUAAUAAUAAUUGAGAUUUUGGACAAGUUGAUGUUUACUUUGAACGUGUCUGUCAUAAUAAGUAUUUUAAUAUCGUACAUGUUGGUUUACUGACUGAAUCUUUAUUUUUUGUCAUGUUUUGCCUUUAGAACCACACUUGAUGACCACAGCAUUUGGUUCACCAGUGCAGUCCAAUGAGAUCCAAUACACAAGCUGUGUAUGAAACACACUGCCUUUAUAAAACAUAAGGUCUUAGAGGUAUUCAUUCAACAGUAUACUGCACUGGUUAUGGAUUGUAAUGAUAUUGAACUACAUGGUAUGAUACUGAGAGCUGUUCCUAAUAUUUUGAUCUACUGAUAAUGUACACAAAAUAUUAGAAAAAGUCACUAAAAUCCACCACUACAACCACAACAACAUGCUGUAUUGUUACAGUAACAAUGAGGUACACCUAAUGAAGUGUCCAGUAAGUGUGAGUACCAGGUUUACAUUUAACCUUUCACCACUGGUGCACUGUGAAACGAUCACAUUCGUAUUUCCACUGACUUUACGUGCCUUUGUCUUGUGAUGUUUAAAUUAAAUAUUUUUAA